UUCCACGCAGUCCGAUCCGAGCUCGUACUGGAAUCUUCAUGUCCCCAUGAACUAGUGAUCAUUCCUAUCUGUCCAAAAUUCUGCCCUCGAAUCAUCUUGUGUCCGCACCUUAAAUAUGCGAGUUUGAGAAAGAAAAGGCAGAGGAUGGCAGGCGUUCUCUUCGCUGAUCCCUUCCGGCGUUUGCUUUUGAGCCCCGCUUCCCUCCGGCGAUCCGGAUUGCCGGCGGCCGAUUGGCUCGAAACCCCAUCAGCUCACAUCAUUCGCGUUGAUGUUCCUGGAUUUGGGCGGGAGGAAAUCAAGUUGCAGCUUGAAGAAGGCAACGUACUACACGUGAAGGGCGAGCCGGCCUCCUCCGCGUCGGCGGCGGAGAAGGACGCACUAUGGCAUGUGGCUGAGAGGGCGGAGAAGGAGGAGUUCUCACGGCGCUUCGGGCUUCCGGAUGGCAUUAAGGGUGAUCAGAUUCGUGCGCAGGUGGAGAAUGGCGUGGUCACUGUUGUUGCUCCCAAGGAGGUGCACCCGGCGAAGCUGAAGCCCCGUGCCAUCCCCAUCUCUAGCAAGCUCUGACCACAUAAGGUUAGAUUCCGUCUACUGGAAUUUACCCAUGAUAGGUCUGAUAAGCCUUAUGAAUCUCUAGCGAGCGAGCGAGCAGAAUCAUGUUACGUGCUUGUAUAACAUACUUGGUUGUGUAUACGAAUAAAUAGUAACAAUCGACCCUGGCAAUCUUUCUCCGUCAGUCUUGGCAAUCGUAUUCCUGCAUUGUUCUUUUUUUUAAGUGCCCGUUAUAUGUUUGCUGUUGUUUCUUACCGAUGUUUGAUUCCUGCUAAAUAAAACAUUCCUUUGUAGUUCGCAGCU